AAUGUUACAUCAAUACUUGAGUGAUUUUGAAUCUUUCGAUAAUUUCAGUUCGAACAUAGAAGAAAACAACAAAAUUUAGUAUUAAAAACUGAAUCUUUUUAAAAAUGAUUCAUUCUAAGCAUUCGAUAUUGAUUUUGAGUAGAGAUCAACUAACAUUGUUAAUUAGCCUAAUUUAUAUCACUAAGAAGUGAAUAAGAAGGAAAGUAGUUAAACUGUAAAUAAGAAAAUAAAGAAAUCAUCGAAAAAGGAAAGGAAUUAAAAAGAUUAUAAGAAGAACAUUUGCAGAAACAUAUUAAGACAUGCUAUAAAGUCAAUGUAUAAAGACUAAGAUUGCAUUUCUUACUUAUCAGAAUUAGUUGAUGAUGCCAAAUAAUUCAGUAUGUACUAUAACAGAUAAUUGGAAUAAAUUACUGGUUUCAGAGUGUUGAGAGAUCAUUUGGUUUAGAUAUAAGAAGAUAAUUAAAUAGUUAAGAAUAGAAAAUAAGCUUUUAGACAUUAUUUAUUAUGGUACUUAAAAUCUAAAUCUACAUUAAUGAUUUUAAGAGGAGAAACUCAGAAUCCUCAGGAAUAUAUACGAUAUAAGAAUGAAGUUCUAAUGUAUUAUAUACAUCAACCUCAUGAAUGGAUGUCAAAUAAUCCAGAAUGGUUAAAUGUAACAACAACAGGAAAUGAUUAGUAGUUCCAACUUAAUACAGAAGGUUAGUGUAUUUGAG